AUGGCGACCACGACGAAUACGGCGACAUAUGACUACAAAGAAGCCUCGGCAAUUGCUCGUAAGAGAAGAGCCGCCAGUAUUGCUGCUUUCUACCAGACUCCUGGCUGGAAAGAGGAAGAGCUGCCCCAAAACUUGACAGAAUUUGCCCUGAAAUCUGGUUACUACACUGACGACGAGCUUCAAAUAAUCCAAGCAGAAGCAGACGUUAUCCUUGACAAGAUCAAAACAAAGGCAUGGACAGCUCUCGAGGUCACCAAAGCAUUUUGUAAGGCAUCAGCAUUGGCUCAGGAACUGACGAAUUGCGUGACCGAAGUCUUGUACCCGGAAGCAAUCGAGAGAGCAAAGUAUCUUGAUGACUACCUGGCAAGAACAGGGCGGACCGUCGGGCCCUUGCAUGGUCUACCAAUCUCACUCAAGGACUGCUUCAUAACAGCUCCGCAUCCUUCGAGCAAUGGAAUGGCCGCCUUUGCCAACGAGCCUCUGCACAAGGACUCCCUGCUGGUCACGAUGUUGCGCGACCUCGGGGCGGUGUUCUAUGUCAAGACGAAUGUCCCGGUGGCCAUGAUGAUGGCGGAAACCAACAACAAUGUCUGGGGAGAAACUCGAAACCCGCUGCACAAGCACCUCAGUCCCGGUGGUUCGAGUGGUGGUGAAGGCGCCCUGAUUGCCUUCAAGGCCUCUCCAUUAGGGAUCGGGACUGAUAUUGGUGGAAGCGUCCGCAUUCCUGCCGCAUGGUGCAAUCUUUAUGGCCUGAAACCCAGCUUCGGUCGCUAUCCACAUUACGGAGUGAAGCCCGGCAUAGCUGGACAGGAGUAUAUCCUAUCAGUCAAUGGCCCAAUGUCGCGGUCUCUGAAGACACUACAGCUAUACUCCGAGGCGCUCUUGUCUGAAGCAAUGAGCCCCUGGGAACACGACCACAAGGCUUUGCCCAUUCCUUGGAGGAAGAACGUCAUCCAGCCGCCAGGUCGAAAACUCAGGUUCGGCUUGAUUGGAGUCGAAGAUGGCCUUGUCCAUGUUCAUCCGCCUGUUGAACGUGCAUUGAAGAUGACGCAGGAGGCUCUUGAAAAGCAAGGACAUGAGGUCAUCCCCUGGUCCACAGAAGACCAUGAAGCCAUCGUCAAGAAUCUGCAAGCCGCAUUUUUCGACCUUGGUGGCGCCGCAAUCAUGGACAUCGUGAAGCCAUAUGGCGAACCAAUCUUUCCAAGCAUGGAGGGCUAUGCCUUGGCCGCCGCUGCUGGUGAAGGUGAACUCGGGCCGACCAAGAUGCGGAUGAUGAAUAUACGACGGAACGAGUUGCAGAAAGCGUACCUCGACAGAUGGAACGCUACUGCUACUGACGGAAAACCAAGGCUCGACGGCUUGGUCUGUGCAACAUCUCCAUGGGCGGCUCCUCGGCUGGGUGAAACGCAGAGAAGUGGUCUAUACGUUGGCUACACUGGCUUUGUCAACUUUCUCGAUUUCACCGCCUGUACCUUCCCCGUCACCUUUGCGGAUAAAGAGCUUGACAAGGCCCGGGACAUAAACACCUUCAAGCCGUUGAGCGAUAUCGAUGGCAGGAUUCAGAAUGAUUACGAUGCUGAGUUCUACCACGGCGCGCCUGUCGCGUUGCAAAUCGUCGGAAAACGUCUCGAAGAAGAAAAGGUGCUUGAGAUGUGUGAAGUGAUUGCUGAUGCCCUCAAAGCGACUUCUUGA